UUAUAUACCUUGAUACCAACCAGUGCUCUUGAAGCGCGGGCUCACCUGCGUCGUAUUUCGGCUUCUUUAGUUAACCAAUCUUUGUUUACAACUAAAUUUUACCGUUACUCUAAAUUAUAUUUAAAUGAAUUAUAUUCUACCUGGAUGAUAAUAAACAAUAAAAAAACAAAAACAAUCAUCAAAACUAUUUUACAAUAAUGGAAGUAACACGUUCAAAUUUCCAACAAGUUUUAAGCGAGCUUGAUCAAGUCCUGAAAGAUGCAACAUUUUUAGCAAUCGAUGGAGAAUUCACAGGAUUAAAUUCUGGACCUGAUGCUAAACCUUUUGAUACUCCGUCUCAAUAUUAUCAAAAGUUAAAAUCGGGUUCAAUGGAUUUUUUGCUUGUACAAUUUGGUCUGUCAGCUUUCACAUUUGAUGUACAAACGAAUAAGUACAGUCAAAGGUCUUACAAUUUUUACGUAUUUCCAAGACCAUUAAACAGAGCGGCUCCAGAUUGCAGAUUUAUGUGUCAAGCAUCGUCAAUUGUAUUUUUAACAUCUCAAGGGUUUGAUUUUAAUAAAUUAUUCAGAGACGGUAUACCAUACUUAACAACUAGUGAUGAGGAAAAAUUAACGAGCAAGUUAGAAGAGAAACAGAAAGCUAGAGAAGAUGGUUUGGAGCUUAUACCUAUUUCAGAUGAUGACAAGCCUCAAAUUGAAGAUAUUUGCACCAAAAUAGAAGAAUUUAUGAGUUCUAAUGAGGAAGAAACAAUGUUAAAUAGAUGCAAUGCUUACAUCAGAAGGAUAAUCCAUCAGGAAGUAAGAUUACGGUGGCCUAAUAAAAUCAGAGUUGAAGGAAAAGUUGAUGGUACAAUACAGGGCUUGAUGGUUUAUAAAAUGGGUACCAAAGAGGAAGAGAAAAAAAAGGAAGAAGAAAGGCGUGAAAAAGAAAAAGAAGAAUUGAAAGAAGCUGUGGGUUUUAGUGUCCUAUUGCGAAAAAUUGCUGACUCUACUAAAUUGAUAGUUGGACAUAAUAUGCUUCUAGAUCUUUGUCAUAUAGUCCGUCAAUUUUUCGGUCCACUGCCGGAUUCUUAUAAAGAAUUUAAGUUACUGGUCCACAAUUUAUUUCCUAAUCUUAUAGACACUAAAGUACUCUCACAAGCACCUAAAUUUAAGGAUAUUAUACCUUCAAAUGUACUGAAUUAUAUGCUAGACACUGUGAGCAAAGCACCAUUUAAUCUACCUGAAAUAAUUCCUGUGGAAAAUCGAAGUUAUAGUACCGCUGCUGAGACGUAUCAUGAAGCUGGGUUUGAUGCAUAUGCCACUGGAUUGUGUUUCAUUGCCAUGGCUAAUUUUCUUGGAGCAUCAGAAUCAACUCCAGUGCCAAUGGUGCUUCCUGGUUCAGAGUUAUUGAAGCCUUUCAUCAACAAAUUGACAAUGCUCAGAUUAAAAGACUUUUCUUUCAUAAAUCUCGUUGGUGCGGAUCCUCAACCAAGCCGAAGUCAUGUAUUUCACGUCACAUUUCCAAAAGAGUGGAAAUUAAGUAACUUGCAACAACUUUUUUCCCCAUUCGGAGGAGCUUUCAUAUCGUGGUUAACAGAAACAACCGCAUACGCAGGAUUGAAUUGUCGUGAAAGAGCUCCAGCAUUCCUUAAAAAAUUAAAGAAAAAAAAUUACCGCUUAGGAGGUGCCCAACUCCAAACUUAUGCUCACCAUCAAGAUUCACUGGAACCCUCAUCAGUAUCAAACAACGUGGAAGGAGGAAAAGGAGAAAAAGGAGAUCGUAAACGAAAACAACCACCCACUGACUAAUAAUUAUUGUAGGGUUAUUAAGGAUGGCAAUAAAAAAGAGCUUACCUAAAGGUGGAGGUGCGAUGCCUGAGAUUUCCAUGCAUCAUGCGAGACUAUACUAGCAAAGAGUCAACUCAGAUAGAAGAAAGAAAGAGAUUGAGAAAGAGAAAAAGAAAGCGAUGAAGCACAUACAGCUGCUUGUUGUUGAUGCUGCCGCUGAUGCUCUGCUGCAACCCGCAUCUCGGCUACGCCCUCGGGAUUGCGCGUAAUGAGUUCUACACGCUUUGAAUAUUUUUCCUUCCUCUUUCUCUUUCUCUUCCUCGCUUCUAUACAUUAUUUUUAAUUUAACAUUUUUAAUUUACCUUUUUUAUCUCCGUUUAAUAAGACGAUACCGGGCAGACAUUUACCGGCUGCAUCAAAUCCGUCUUUUAUUUAACAGUCAAGACUAAUUAAAUAUUAUUAAUCGUUCAAAUUAGCACCUUAGAAGAAAAAAAGAAAGAGGAGGAAAAAAAG